GUCCAUAAUCCACUAUCAUCCCUAUAAAAGUAAAAGGUAACUUAACUACUAAGUACUAACUAAUUUCAGUGCUUCUUGAGUUCGACAAACUAACUUGAAAUUUAAUAUUGUUCAUCGCAAUAUUAUAGUGUAUCUAUUUUAAUUGUAAUCUCACUCACACUUAAUAUUAUCUCAUAAUCAAGUAAUAAUGUCAGAGUACAACAAAGUCCGGGUAUCCAAGUUGGUAUUGAAAAACGAAAAAGUCAAGAAGAAGAAGAAAAAAGACAAGUCUAAAAAUAAAAAUGAAAAAAUUAACAUUGAAGAAAAUCAAGAAAAAGUUAACCAUGGAAACUGGGCAGAGGCAAAAUUAGUAAGCGAAAUUUCAGGACCAGUAGCUCUUGAAUUUGGUUCUCAGACCUAUGUUACUGCAAUGGACAAUGGGCUGUUUACACUAGGCCCUCCUCAUAAUGAAGGAGAAGGUCCUUUACCAGAAGAAAUUUUAACAGCUAUUAUUGUCAAUGAAACAAGAAUUGCUUUAAAAUCUGGAUAUGGUAAAUAUUUAGGUGUUGAUAAAGAUGGAACUAUAGUUGGAAGAUCUGAUGCCAUUGGACCACUAGAACAAUUUGAACCAAUUUUUCAAGAUAACAAAUUAGCAAUCCUUGCUUCUACUGGAUGUUUUAUUAGUAUACGAGAUGAAGAUGAUUCUUUGGUUGCAAAAAAUCGAACUGCUGGUCCAAAUGAAUUAGUUAAAGUUAGACUUCAAGCUAUUGAAAAUACAGAAGAAGAAAUUGAUAAAUUAGACGAAAAGAAAGGAAAUAUUAAAGACAUAGAAAAAAACUAUGUAAAAAUGUUUCAAAAGUUUCAAGAUAAGAAGAUGCGUAUGAUCGAAGGGAAAAGAAGUGAAUUGAAGAAAGCUCAACAAGAAGGAAAAUUACAUGAAUCAUUAUUAGAUAGAAGAGCAAAAACAAAAGCAGACAGAUAUUGUAAAUAGUAUACAUUAUUUCAAUGUAUCUAUAUUAAAUUAAGUGUAAUUCUUUUUAAAUUUAAUUAAAAUAUAUAACAUUAAAUUA